CCAUUGCUGAGUACGUCAGCGAGACGUGCAACCAGCACGCCGCCGACCUCCCUUUCUCGCCGUCGCGCCCGACUUGGGCCAUUCCAUUCUCGAUUCCUGCUAUUUUGACACAUCACCCAACCAUGAGGUUACGAAAGGCAUCACCGCUGCUCCUGCUUCUCGCCCCGUCCCUGGUCACCUCCGCCAACCCGCCCAGACGAGCAGACGGGACAGAGGUUCUCAGCAAUGAUGACAUAUUGGCUCUAAAUCACGCGUCGAAGCCCACGCCGACAACCGACGGCGCGGCAUUGGAUGAAGCUGCGGCGAAUGCGGCAACAAAGCCAACGAGCACAAGAAAAUACGUGGGCACCGAAGAUGCGCCUGUAGAUGGCUUGGACGGCAAACCGCAUGCUGGCCCCUUCGUAGACAGACCUGCUGAGGAUGGUCGAACGAAGAAGGAAAAUGCUGCCGACUCAGCCCCCAAAGCAGUUCCAACAUCAUUGGAGAGGUUUGGCUCGCAGGAAAUUCCCGAGAGAAAUGACGGCGUCAUGAACGACGAUACAAGGACACCGCCGAAGAAGGGCACUACGGGCACAGAGGGCGGUAUCAGCGAGAAGGAGAAGGCACGGAAAGAGAAAGAGGGAUCGAGUAAAGAGAAGACGCCACAGGAACCAAAGAAGGCUCCUCCCUUGCCGCAUAGCGAAGAGAAGCAUAUUGCGGGAUCGAAAGAUGGCGCUUCACCAACAGUGAGCAAGCAGUCGCCGAUUCAGGAUGGUAAGCAUUCAACCACCGGAGAGACGGCAACGAAGAAGGCAAGCGGGUAUGGCGAGGCUGGCUACUUGUUGGAGAAGCCCACAGAUCUGCCAGAUAAGCCGCACAACAUCCCGCAUCCCGAGCCCAAGACGGCGAAGGAUGAUUUCGGUCCACCAUCAUCUACACCCGUCGCUUCGAAACCUGUCGAAGAAAUGGAAUGGCACGAGUGGUUCCACUCAUUCGUCCUCUCCUUCACCAUGAUCAUAUUUUCUGAGAUCGGCGACAAGACCUUCUUGGUCGCAGCUCUCAUGGCCAUGCGACAUGCCCGACUAUUGGUCUUCUCUGCCGCCAUAUCUGCUCUGAUCGCCAUGACCGUCCUAUCAGCCAUUCUUGGUCACGCAUUCCCGACAAUUCUCCCCAAGAAGCUCACCACGCUUGCCGCUGCGAUCUUGUUUUUCGUCUUCGGCGCGAAGAGUAUGCGAGAAGGUUUGGCAAUGGAUAAGGACGCCGGCAUUGGUGAGGAAAUGCGCGAGGUGGAAGCCGAGCUCGAAGAGAAGGAGCACACCAUGCGGCGCAAAUCUAAGGGCUCCAUGUCUGCAUAUGAGCUCGAAUCAGGACGAGGAAGAAAAGGUGAGCUUUCGCCGCCGCUCAGCAGGUCGCCAAGUCCACCCAAGAGACAAGGCGGGCUAUCAGGACUCACGAAUCUGCUCAGUCUGGUCCUAAGCCCAGCGUGGGUGCAGACAUUCAUCAUGACUUUCCUUGGAGAAUGGGGUGAUAGAAGUCAGAUCGCCACGAUUGCAAUGGCAGCUGGUCAAGAUUACUGGCUGGUGACGCUUGGUGCAAUUCUCGGUCACGCAUGCUGUACUGGACUGGCAGUCAUCGGAGGCAGAGCGCUCGCGGGCCGGGUGUCGAUGCGUGUUGUCACCAUCGGCGGCGCCGGCGCUUUCCUUGUCUUCGGCUGCAUAUACCUUUACGAAUGCCUCACGGAGUAAAUUCACCCUCCAAGCGCCGAAUCGGCGCCAUCCCUUUAAUCCUGGUACUCUGAAUCGCAGUUUGGCACACAAUCCUCCUCCCGCGACUUCCAAUCCGGCCAUCCCCGCCUCUCAGCCCAAGGCAUAUUAGACGACAGCGCAGCAUUUGAUAUGGGUCGAGACUCAGCGAUACCGAUACCGACAUUGAGCAAUCGGACUUUUUCUGGACAUGUGAUUUAUAAGAACCCAAUCGAUACGAAUACACACAAUUGUAACUUACUCGGCCCAAACACGGUGCGAAGAUACGAACAAACAGAUGAUAAGAGUUCCAGUCAUGCAUGGAGGACGUAGCGAGGAGUUUAGUUAUAUGGGUCAAGCGAGCGAGGCGCAAUUCUUCCUUCUGUGUGGAUGUAACUGGGAUGGGAAAAAUUUCCGGUGCGGACGAGCGAGUGCUGGGGUUUUCUUGCAUAGGACAGGGCAGGACAGAGGGGGAUUAAUGGACUAGCGCAGAUCAAAAGAAGGAAGGAGGAAGGAAGAGAUCGUCGAUGUGUGUACGGCGGUAAGGUCGCGCUACAGAGAGUUCAAAAAUUCCAAUCUUGAG